AUGCAAAGAGAUCUAGUGUUCGCACUGAAAAAAGAAACCAGUCUCAAUAUUGGUUUAUUAAGCAAGUUACAUCCGAUGUCUGGAGAGUUACUGAAGCAGAUUUUUCGCGAUAACGCUUUGGAAAAGCCGACACAGAACGUCUUCAAUCAUGUUUCUCACUAUUUGGUGUCGAUUAUUGACGUUCAAGCUUCCGCGGCGCUACCCUGGCCUUUGUAUGAUACAAAAACGGAGAGAUUGUACAGGAACGAGCUGGCGAACUUCAUCUCCGACUACAGCACCAAGGGUCUUCUUACUCCUGUAAUGUCCUCAUACUUGGUGAACCCUGGAUGUUACAAAGUCACAAUGCUGAUCUUCCAACUGUCCCAACUCGCCGUACAAAAGGUCUUAUCGACCAGAAUGAAAGAUCGACAAAAGAAGCUGUAUUAUGAGAUUACAAAUAAGUACAAAUUAAAUUAUAAAGGUUUUGUUCAAGAGGUCACUGUGGCUGCUGAAGUCAUGAUGAACAAAUUUUCCAAUUAUAUCCUCAAGAGGAAUACUAUGGAGAGGAUAGCAGGGUUAUUACUGAAUAAAAUCAAAGAAAUGGAGGAAACCCUACAAAAGAGUAAUGCUGAGAGAUGUAUCAAUGAUAUUGUCGAUGGCUAUAUAAAUUCAAGACAAUUUGAUGACAGUACAAAAAUGGAAUUACUACAAAUAAAAAAUGUUAAAACGCCAUCAUUAGUUUUUGACCAGUGGCUAAUUCAUUUAGAUAAAGAAAUAGAUAAUAUUGAACAAAAAUGGAAUGAAAAGGUAACACCCCUUUUAGACACUUGUAGGAGCACGCAAGAAAUUUCUAAAGCCUUAAUAUCGAGGCAUUUAGGUGAAGCUGACAAAAAUACCUAUAUUAUUGAAUACAAUCCGAGAACAGACUUUAUUUGUACGAAGGAGCUACAAGAACAAGUGAACUGUGAACAGAAAUACAUAUUAAAAAAUAUUAUAAAAGAGGAAAGAUUGAGCUUUCCAAAUUUAAUACGAGGCUUCCUUGUAGCUAUGUGUUUUAUAUUGAAAAACAUAGAUAUCGGUGAUGAUAUAUAUAAGUUUAAUGAAUAUUUGGAUAAUGGAAGGAUCAAUUUUAAUGAGCUGGUUAUGAAUAUGAAACUACUGAUUGAGAGGGUGGCAAAUACGGAGGCGAGAUUGCAGCCCUCACCGCUUUUAUACAGCCAGUCCAUAAAGACGAAGAAACAUUUAGAAGUCCCGCCAAUACCUAAUCUAUCAGAUUUAAAGGGUAGACGGGACUUACAACAAGAAAUAUUCUUUAACUCAUUCACUCCGAUUAGCAUUAGCAAACACCAGUUCAAUUUGAACAGAAGAAACAGUAUAUCGCUUACGAAGUAUCAGCCUCGGUCACUCUUGGUCACGCCCUUCCACCAUCCACCCAAAGACGACUUUCUCAGAAGCAUAAUAUCGUGUCGAAUCAGUGCAUACGAUAAUCCGAACACAACUCAAAACUUCCACAACGUUUCUCUCGUGUCUCAGGCUCACAAAAUCAACGAAACCAUUGCUGAAUGUUCAACCGGUUUCACGAAACAACAAAUAAUGAGACUAUUAUCAACUAAAAAGAGUACUAGCUCCAAAAAGCACAGGUUUAAACACGACAGGCUCGAGGUAAACAUAAAAAAGGGUGCCUUGUUUAAUGAAUCCAAUACGCCUACCGAAUGUAGUUCUUUAUUUAGGAGUCACUCAUCUCCUAAUCUAUUCGAGAAUAGAGAGAAGAAAUCACUCCCGAAAGGCGGCAGGAAACUAUCGAUUAUGAGAGAAGAUAGUCUUCUAGAAGUGUCUGGUAUAGCAGCAUUAGACAACAACAGCUGUAACACACCACCGGUCGAAUUAUCUAGAAAUAUAGAGGCUUCUAGUCUACCAGUCAUCAGUAUUGAAGCUGAGAGAAGAGUCAAUGAGGUCCUUAAAGAUAUAGGAAGUGAUCCAGAAGAAGACUUUAAAUUGAUUCAUCAAGUAGAUCAGCCUAAAGUCACACCAAAGAAUACAGUUCAACCCAUUAGGAAAACUAGUUCGUUGGAAAAAAUCAUUAACAGAUUCAAGAAAGUACGCGCGAGUGUGUUGCCAACGCAGAAAAAUGAUUCGGAUGAAUUUAAAACGAUAGUCGAAGAGAAGGAGAAUGUAAAUUUGGUAAAUGUUGAUGUUUUCGCAGCAAAUAGAGUCUUAUUGCCCGAUCUAUUGAGUCCAAGUUCGAGUGGAAUCGCACCUGAUUCAAAUGAUUAUUUAGAUGAAAUAUGCUUCGAAAUGGAUGAGAAAGUGAGGAAGAAACCGCGCGAGAGCUUGGGCACGGCGCUGGGCGUCGACCACACGUUUCUAGAUCAAUUUGAGUUGGUAGACUGA